AGCCGCCGGCCGCCGUGCCCGGACCUCGCGGCCCGGCAUGAAGACAGCCCAGGACGCGGGCGAGGAGGCGCCGCCAGGCGUGCAGUCCGCCAAGGUGGUCCUGGUGGGCGACGGUGGCUGCGGGAAGACGUCGUUGCUGAUGGUCUUCGCCGAAGGGGACUUCCCCGAGAACUACACCCCCACAGUAUUUGAGCGGUACAAUGUCAACCUGCAAAUAAAAGGCAAACCCGUACACCUCCAAAUCUGGGACACGGCAGGACAAGAUGACUAUGACCGCCUGCGGCCCCUGUUCUACCCUGAUGCCAGCGUUCUCCUGCUCUGCUUUGACGUCACCAGCCCCUACAGCUUUAACAACGUCUUUGACCGGUGGUACCCAGAGGUGAGUCACUUCUGCAAGGAGACACCCAUCGUGAUAGUAGGCUGCAAGACAGACUUGCGCAAGGAUGACUCAUUGGUGAAGAAGCUACGGAAAAACGGGUUGGAGCCAGUGACCUACAACAGGGGCCAGGAGAUGGCGAGGUCUGUGGGGGCAGUGACCUACCUAGAAUGCUCAGCUCGGCUCCAUGACAACGUCCACGCCGUCUUCCAGGAGGCGGCCAAGGUGGCUCUCAGCAGCCGCAGACGCAACUUUUGGCGGCGGAUUACCCGGAACUUUUGCAUGGUGACCUGACCUGCCCCUGACCAUCCCAGC